GGUAUAAUCCGCGCGCAAAAUGAAACGGCUUGUUGUUGUUUUUAGCGCCUUAGCAACAGACAUGAUCUAUCUUAGUUUAGCUUAUUGUAGUUUGGUGUAGCUUUGAUUGAGAGUAACAGGUGCGCACGUGCUGAGAGUGUGUGUGUGUCUGUGAACAUGAGCUACACACAGGAGGAUCCCACACUGGAAAGGAGCCUUAAAGGUCACAGAGAUGCCAUAAGUAGUGUGACCUUUAACCCAAACAGCAGACAGACAGCCACGGGCUCGUUGGACUCGUGUGUGAUGGUAUGGAACAUGAAGCCCCAGGGGAAGUCGUAUCGGUUUGUUGGACAUAAGGAUGGUGUGACGUGUGUGCACUUCUCUCCGUCAGGACAGCUCCUCGCCUCGGCCUCGCGUGACUGCACCGUCCGCCUCUGGCUGCCCACCAAGAGUGGCGAGUCGAGUGUGUUUAAAGCUCACACAGGGACGGUGCGGAGUGUGAACUUCUGCAGCGAUGGACAGACACUGGUUACUGCAUCAGAUGAUAAAACAGUCAAGGUGUGGACGGUCCAUCGGCAGAAAUUCCUCUUCUCCUUCAACAGACACAUCAACUGGGUUCGCUGUGCCAAAUUUUCCCCAGACGGCAGGUUAAUCGUCUCCGCAAGCGACGACAAGACGGUGAAGCUCUGGGACAAGAACAGCCGAGAAUGCGUACACUCCUUCUGUGAGCACAGCGGGUACGUGAACUACGCUGAUUUCCACCCCAGUGGGACAUGUGUCGCCGCCGCCUGCACAGACAACACGGUGAAGGUGUGGGACAUCCGCACUCACAAACUCCUGCAGCAUUACCAAGUUCACAGUGGAGCAGUCAACUGUCUGUCCUUCCACCCGGCCGGUAAUCACCUGAUCACCGCCUCCACCGACUCUACACUCAAAAUCCUUGAUCUCCUGGAGGGCCGGCUGUCAUAUACGUUGCACGGACACCAGGGGCCGGCGCUCUGUGUAGCGUUUUCAAGAACUGGAGAUCACUUUGCCUCUGGAGGCUCUGAUGAACAGGUGAUGGUAUGGAAGGCAAAUUUGGAUGCUGCAAGUCAGAGGGACAUCCUAAAGACGGAGAAAAGACCGAGUGCUCCUGUACAGGCUUCAGACAUCUUGGAUAUGUCUCACUGCCGCUCCAGUCUAAGCUCUCAAUCAUCUCAGAGACUAGAUGAUUGCCCUGUCUCUGCCCACACUGCGACGGACCAAUCACAUCGCUCUGUCCUGUCUGUGUUGGACACACCCUUCUGUCCCACAGUCACCUCAACACUGCAGCACAUAGUGGGUCAGCUCGACAUCCUCACACAGACGGUGGCCAUACUGGAACAGAGACUGACUCUGACGGAGAACAAACUGAAGGAGUGUGUGGAGAACCAGCACAAAAUCAACCUGCAGUUUCAGAACAAAACUCACUCUAAUUUCUAAUAGUCUGAUCUCGGUCAAGUCUCUCUCCUCCUUCUUAACCUAAGACCUGUGUUUUAAAACAAAGAGGUAAAAACAUUCAGAACAUUAGGUGCUAGUGUGGUGGCAGAAGAAACUUUUAUAACAGUUGUGUUUGUAGCCGUAUUUAAAUUUAAUAUGUAAACAGUUUUGUGUGUGAACUCUGUAGUGUGUGUUCUAAAAUGAAAAUGUUAAUUUCUGAAACAUAAACUUCUGAUAAUAAACAUAAACUUUAUGAUAAAUUUUAUCAUAAACCGCAUUAAGGGUAACUACGGAGAGUUAGCUACGUAGUCAAAUUGAGCUAAAUGAGUGUAGUCACUGAGCUAAUUCUUUAGCGCUAAUAUUAUUACCAUGCACUUGUUUGUUAAAGAGUACAAAAUUACACACCAUAAGAAUGACUCAUUUUGCUGUAAUAAAUUUACUUGUUACUAAAGUUUUAUUGUGUGUUCUGAAGGUUGCCGACUGUGAUUAAUGUUCUGAUAAAGUUAUAAAAACUAACCCUGAUUAUUAUUUUCAGAAACAUUGUGUGAAUGUUGUUUUUGUCGAGUUACUGCCACAAUGUCUUAGAAAUCCUUUUAUAUGUUUAUUACACAUUCUGAUGCUGGCUAGACAAUAAUAAGUAAGCACAAAACAGCAAGUUAUUGAUUUUAUCAUCAGGCAGAAAAACAGAAAUGUCUCACAUUUCCUGUCUAUCUGUGGGAGAUUAAUAAGCUCCGCUCGAUCUGCGAGCUGCACAUGUGGCUCAUCAGGCUGAAAGGAGAAGACCAGCUUAGACCUAGCUUUCUUUCCUCUCUUUGGCCUCUUAUAGCGAUAACAUCUGGAUACAUUUUUCAUUUUUCCCUCCUGAAUUUGUUCUGUCUUUGUUUCUGCUCAGCGACAUGUCGUUAAACUCACUCCAGCUCUCUCUCUUUCUCUCUGCCUAUCUUUAAAUCAGACUGUAGUAUAAAACUGUAAGACUGUAGCAAAAUAAUUACUUUUUAUUUUGUAAAAUAAUUGUUUUUUUAAAACGUUUUUACAAACUUUUUUUUGCACAAGGAAAAUUAGAUAAAUUUUAGCAAAUGUGUGUGGAGGGGGAGAACAAAAAAUAUCACAAAAUAAAACCGAUUUGUUAAAUAUCAGUUUAUUAAUAUUUUUCAUAUAUACACACAUGUAUAUAACAGAUUUUUUUCUUGAUUUUUUUUCAAAAACCUGCCAGAGCUGACUGUUUCUAAUUUAUGACCUGCAUUACAAGAAGGAAUUCACUUGACCUUUAUUUAACCUUUUUGCAUGUUUUUCUGUUAUUCCUCGGUAAUUUGUUCUUUCUCAAGUUUCUCUCUCACGUAAUCUCACACCCCCAACAAACCGAGCCUUUCUUAACUGCCUUUUUUUAUUAUUCAUUUCACUCACUUCUUCCUUCCAGUUUCACUCCCAGAAGAGUUUAAAGAGAAAUGUCCCUGUAAUGAUGCUAGAGAUUUAAAAGAGAAGUGUUUACUGCACUAAAGAAUUUCACUUGUAUCUCUAUCCUCAAAUACUAUUCAUUCAUACACAUCUUGGGCACUGUUGACUCAGUGGUAGGUGUUUUGUCCGCUAUGCGGAAGCCCUGGGUUCGAUUCCCAGCCAGUGCCUAAACCCCCCCAGCCACUGGAUACAGUACCGGUCCCAAGCCCGCAGGGUUGUGUCAGGAAGGGCAUCCAGCUUAAAAGUUGCAACAGCGUAAAUAUUACAGUACGGACUGGAUAUUCCGCUGUGGCGACAAAAUGCCGAAAGACCAACAACAUUCUAUACUAUACAUCUACUGUAUUUAGAAAAAGUUGGACAAAACAUGGCAUUGGUGUCAAAAAGCUAAUGUUUUCCAUAAUACUUAAUGCUUCUUAUCUCCUGAUCCAUGCUUUGUUUUUUUGUAAAUAUGCAUACACGUUUUUAUCAGUU